AUCACAGUUAUGAAGUGAACGUGUGGCGAUGUCAAUGUCAGUCAGCAGUUAGCUCAGUAAACUAGCAAAACAUUAGCCUGAAUAAUAGCUUUACUGGCAGACUGAUAUGAGUUCAGUCCGGGUUUUUUUUAAAGCUAACUAGCUAACUAUUAAAAACGUUUCCAAACCUCACUGACAACGUAUACGGGUUUGACAAGCUGUUAAUUUAUCCACAAUAUAUCGCUAAUAUGUUGUAAGACACUGUUGCCACGGAUAAAUCGUUAAAUUUACGUGACAGUCCUGUUACCAUGAAGUUCUGCUACACCGUUAAUAUGGCUGACAUUUCGUUCUAGAAAUGAGCACGCGCAACCUAUACUUACAAUUUUAGCUCGACCGUGAUUGGUCAGAACGGGACUUGGAUUCGCGCUUCGAGAACGACGAUUGGUUGUUUACAGCGCUGUGUGUCGCUGUGGGAAAACUUGCUAGUUCUUUGGCGGCGGUCUGACUUGAGUGAUAAAUUCUUUUACGUAACUUUUACGUAACUUUCUCGAUGUGUGGAUCGAAGUUACGAGUAGCAGCGGUGCAGAAAAUGUCACAGAAGUGUACCGUAGUAUGGAUCGUGAAAUGGGUGUCAUGGUAACCGGUUAAAAAGCGAAGUGCCGGAGGCCUCGAGCGCAAUAUCGAUGUCCCGCCUCCCAGAGACGGCAAAAAUAAAAACACACUCGGUGAACGUUGACUAAUAUUUUAACUAAUUUGCUUUGUUUUAGGUGUUUUAUAAACAGUUUAUAGAUGAAAUCAUCGGCGGCAUUGCCUUACCACUCGGUGUGAACAGUUACGGUCCAGGCUCAGCGUGGCUGCGUAAAGGUGUCCAUGAGAAAGCCACGCCGGAGAGGGGGCCUCCUCGGGGGUUUGGGCACCAGAAAAAGCGAUGCUCGAUGUGGUGGAUCUCGGGGGGCCACACAGCCCCGCUCGCCCUCCCCCUAUAGACUCAAACUCUCCCCAACACGAGAGACCCUGACCUAUGCCCAGGCCCAGAAAAUGGUGGAGGUGGACCUGGAUGGCCGGCUGCACCGCAUCAGCAUCUUUGACCCGUUGGCCAUUAUCACAGAGGAUGAAAUGAUGGCCCAGGACAUGGCUGAGUGCAAUAGCAACAAAGAGAACAGCGAACAGACUUCUGUAGCCAUUGUGGCUAGUCCAAGUCGCAGGUCUGCAGGCCAGAAAGGCAGAAAGAAGGACUAUAAAAAUUCUUCCUCUCAGAAUGCACACAGACAGCAUCACACGCAAAAUAACUCAGCCCAGCAGCACAAUAACAACUGCUCAGCCUUACCGGAGCCCACUUUUAGGGUUUUAGAGUCAUUUGAGCCCAUUGAGGCUUCACCUCUCCCAACUGCCUAUUAUCGUUACAUAGAGAAAUCACCAGAGGAGCUGGAAGCAGAGGCUGAGUAUGACAUGGAUGAGGAGGACGCAGCCUGGCUAGAGGUGGUGAAUGAAAAACGGACAUCUGAAGGCCAGACAACUGUAUCGUCUGACACCUUCGAAAUCCUGAUGGACCGGCUAGAGAAGGAGUCAUUCCUGGAGUCGAGAAUCCCUCAGAGUGCCGUGGAUGAGGACGCCUUCUGCUGUGUGUGCCUGGAUGACGAGUGCCUCAACAGCAACGUGAUCCUGUUUUGUGACGUGUGCAAUCUCGCUGUACACCAGGAGUGUUACGGUGUGCCAUACGUGCCCGAAGGUCCUUGGCUUUGCCGCCGUUGCCUUCAGUCUCCCUCUCGGCCUGUAGACUGUACGCUGUGCCCGAAUAGAGGCGGCGCAUUCAAGCAGACGAGUGACGGUCAUUGGGCACAUGUGGUAUGUGCCAUCUGGAUUCCCGAGGUGUGUUUCGCGAACACGGUAUUUCUCGAGCCUGUUGAGGGUGUAAACAACAUCCCGGCGGCUCGGUGGAGGCUUACGUGCUACCUGUGCAAGCAGAAGGGUCGUGGUGCCUCAAUCCAAUGUCACAGAGCCAACUGCUACACGGCAUUCCACGUCACAUGUGCCCAGCGGGCUGGACUCUUUAUGAAAAUCGAGCCGGUACGAGAGACCACAGCCAACGGUACGAUGUUCUCUGUAAAGAAGACGGCAUUCUGCGAGGCACACUCGCCUCCUGAGAAGGAGGCUUCGGAUGAUGAAGAUAACGGAGGAAGGGUGCUGGGCUGCCGGGCCAGUCGAGGAAUGAGUGCCUACGCGCAGAGUCCUCAACUGAUAAAGUCUUCACGAAGCAAUAAGAAAGAGGGCAAGAAAAAGAAGAAGGGGAAAAAAAGUCCAGAAUUAACAUCCAAAAAAGCGUCAACACCCCUGGUCACCGUGCCCCAGAUUCCCCCACACAGGUUAAACAAAGUUUUUAAAGGUAUUAUUAUUCAGAAGAAGAAUUAUUUUAUGCAGCGGUUGCACAAUUAUUGGUUACUGAAGCGCCAGUCACGUAACGGAGUACCUCUCAUUCGGCGGUUACACUCGCAUCUGCAGGCCCAGAGGAGCACGGAUCAGACCGAACCAGAUGAGAAGGUCAGCGCUGUGCGAGAAGAGCUCAAAUACUGGCAGAAGCUGCGUCAUGAUUUGGAGAGAGCUCGGCUCCUGGUGGAGCUCAUCCGGAAGAGAGAGAAACUAAAGAGAGAGCAGGUGAAAGUGCACCAGGCGGUGAUGGAGUUGCAGCUGACUCCUGCUCUGAUUCUGCAGCGCUCCACCCUGGACCAGCUGCAGGAGAAAGAUGUAGCGCAUAUCUUUGCACAGCCGGUCAACCUUAAAGAGGUACCAGAUUACCUGGAGUUUGUCUCUCAGCCCAUGGAUUUUUCCACCAUGAGGUCCAAGCUGGAGGCUCACCAGUAUCACACGUUUUCUGACCUGGAGGCUGACUUCAACCUCAUGAUCUCCAACUGCAUGCUCUAUAACGCUAAGGACACUGUGUUUUACAAAGCGGCGGUGCGUCUGCGGGACUUAGGGGGUGCGAUACUGCGACACGCACAAAGGCAGGCUCACAACACGGGGCUGGACCCUCACACGGGCAUGCACCUACCAGAGUCGCCGCACAAAAACAACUACUACCGUUGCACCCUGGAGGACGUGGACACCCUGCUCGACCCAGAGAACCGGCUGCACAUGACCGUAGAGGACCAGCUGAAGGAGCUGCUGGAUAAGCUGGACGUAGUGACGUCAAUGCGCUCCAGCGGAGCCCGUACGCGUCGCAUUCGGCUGCUACGCAAAGAGAUCAACAACGUUCGCUACCGCCGCAACUCCCACCUCUCUAACGGAGACGCCAAAGAGGACGAGCAGGAUGACGACGAAGAUGAUGAGGACAAAGACAUGGACACUGAAAAUAACCUGUCUUCAUCCUCAGACAAAGAUGAUUGUAAAUCCACGCCCCCUCCCACUCUGGAGCCCUCAGGUCUGGCCUUAUCCCCUCCUCCUGGAGAGACCCCACUGGAUCCCCCUACUCUCCGGCCAAUGACUGAUCCUAAAACCAUGUCCCCUCCUGAACCUAUCAAACCAAGUACUAAGAGUCCGGAUGCAGAUUCAGAGGUCGGCCUGGCCUCUCAAAUCUCGAGGGUACGAGAGACCCCACCCGUGUUGUCUUCCAGCGAGGGGAAGCUGCUCAAUGGUGUCUCAAGCACUGCAUCUCCUACACGGCCUGUUUCUGGAGGAGUGGGUCGCCGCACCUCCGUCCUGUUCAGAAAAGCGAAAAAUGGCGCCAAACUGCAUCGCGACAAUCAGCUGCAGAACGGUGAGGGUAGAACACCCCAGCAUCCCACCCCACCAACUGCUACUAUCACCCCUCUAACCACAGAGGCAACUGUACCACCCGUUCUCACACCCGUCAAUCAGACACCGCUCAGCUGCAGCACCAGUCCUGAGAAGCAACAGGAGAAGACUCCACCUCGCUCUAUAGAAACCGCUCUCACAAACGGAUUCAAAAAGCACAAAGACUGUGGCUCGGACUCUGACAGCAGCUCCUCACCCAUACUGAAAAAGGAAAUUACACUGCCACCAAAAAAAAGUCGCGGCAAACCUGCAUUGUCCAAAGUACCAUUCCUGGAGACCGUUAAUGGAGAUUCGGACUACACUGGACCUGUGGAUAUGUUGUCUAUAGAGAGCGAAGCAGAACCCGAGCCUCUGGACCUUGUCUGGGCCAAGUGUAGAGGAUAUCCAUCCUACCCUGCUCUGAUCAUAGAUCCAGAAAUGCCGGAGGACGGUGUGUUGCACAACGGCGUGCCCAUCCCCGUGCCACCGGCAGACGUGCUCCGGCUCGGAGAGCAGAGACAGGAGGAGACUGGAGACAAACUCUACCUUGUUCUGUUCUUUGACAACAAACGCACCUGGCAAUGGUUACCACGGGAGAAGCUGCUGCCGCUGGGAGUAGACGACACGGCGGACAAACUGCGUCUGAUGGAGGGCCGAAAGACGAGCAUCCGCAAAUCCGUGCAGGUUGCCUACGACCGAGCCAUGAUCCAUCUGAGUCGAGUACGCAGUGACCAUGGCUUUAUCGCUUCCAGCUACCUGUAGACAGGAUUCCUGCUGCGCAUCACUACCUGAUCUCACCACUACCGCUUAAACAGCAUACGCACAGACGGCUGCAUCCCAAUCCUCUCGUUCUACUGGUCUUGUAGAGCAAUACCGAGAGGCGAAGUUGCUCGAAAGCAAGUUCAGUGCAUUACUUUCCAGUGUCAAGGAGGAGUUGCAGCCUUUUUUUAUUUUAUUUUAUUUUUUUAUUUUAUUUUUUUUGCCUUUUAUGGUCUUGGUGGGUUAGAGAAAAGAUUUUAAUGAACAUAACUGUGAGUGUUUUUUUAUUUUAUUUUUUUAUUUUUAUUUUUUUUUUUAUUUUUUUUUAAUACUAGUGUCACUUUAAAUCUGUGGUUUCGAGUGUGGACCGUCUGAAGGCUGGAUAUAGACACAUCCACAACGGUAUCUGUUCUCUGACAACGAUUCGCUUAAUACAAAGGAGUGAAUGAAUCAGCUGGCUAGUGCGUGCGAACGUGUGAGUGGUUCACUGCCAUUUUUCUUACGAUAGCUUUUUACUUUUUAACGUUUUACGAACCACUUCUUGUAUAUUGUUAAGACACUCGUGUAUAUAACUACUUUUUUAUCAUAUGAUAUCUAAUUUAAUUCGGAUCUCAUGUAUGAAUUUCAAUCGCCUGGAUGUAUGAAGAAAUUAGAUCUCUUCUGUACAUAUUUGUUUAAAAAAAGGAAAGAAAAAAGAAGAAAAAAAGAUCACAUCAUUGGCUUGCUGCAAAAAGUGUAUCCUGCUUGUCCUCAAACUGUGCGUACCUUCAGUCGCAAACAAAAAACCUAUACUUACAGUUUAUGUCUGAUUUGCAGCCAGUUGUGGUUAUAUAUUAUCAUUUUUGAUACAUAGAAAUGUAAUUUAUUUAUGAAUCACAAAGACAGACAUAGUGAGAGAGAAAGAAUUAAAUUAUAUAUUGGCUGAAGAUUCUGAUCAAAGCUUAUUUAAGGUUGAAACUGUUGAAAUGGGGUUUUAAAAGAAGGCGGCUUUGUGACCUUGCAUUAAUUGUCAAGCUUUUUUUUAAAAAAGUGUAUGUGCUAUAAGGAAGAUGUUCAAAAACUGUUAUUAGACACUCCCUUUUUUGCACCACGAAGCACAGAGCCUGUAUUUAUUAUAGAAAGUUGUUUAGCUUGUACCUGUUUAUAAGAUGUUGAAGUUUUACGCUUGUACAAACUGCAGAUUUUACCUACUCGCCAAAUAUCCUGUCUGAAACAGUAUUUUCUCAAGUGGGGGAAAUAAAUGUUCUAUUGAAACUCUUAA